GCUCUGCCCUGUCUCCCCUCAGUGUCUCCGAAACUCCAGCCAGUCAGAACUGGGGGGGAAUAGAUGGGCUCCACUUUAAUCCCGCUUUCCCCGGACCGCACGGACUGAGUGAAAUGACUUCGUCUUCUCAUGUAAAGUGGACUAAAACAUGUACACGAUGAACACCUGCGCCUUCCUGCUGAUUCUGACUGUUCAGAUCUACGCCGAUGGCAUUGAGGGGCCAACAGCUGCCGGCUGCUCGUUUGAAGAGGAUUCAGACCCUAAUCUGUGUGACUUCACCCAAGGGGAGGAGGAUGACUUUGAUUGGAUGUUGUUUCGGACGUACGCUUCACCUUCUGCCAGCUCUGACCUCCUAAAGGGCUCCUAUAUGUUGGUGAACUCAUCCCAGCAGGCCGCGGGUCAUCGCGCCCAGCUGCUGCUGCAGACGCUGAGUGAAAACGACACACACUGCGUCCAGUUCAGCUACUUCCUGUACAGCCGCGAUGGACACAGUCCCGGAUCCCUGCGCGCAUAUGUGCGGGUCAACGGCGGCCCGCUCGGCAAUCCGGUGUGGAACGUGUCCGGCUCUCACGGCAAACAGUGGCACCAGGUUGAGUUGGCUGUCAGCACUUUCUGGCCCAACGAGUACCAGGUACUGAUUGAGGCAACCGUUUCCAGAGAGCGGCGAGGUUACAUCGCUAUAGAUGACAUCAUGGUGCUCAACUAUCCCUGCUAUAAAGCACCGCAUUUCUCCAGGCUUGGAGAUGAGGAGAUCAAUGCUGGACAAAAUGCCACUUUCCAGUGUGUUGCUGCUGGAAAGGCCUCAGAAGCUGAGAAGUUCCUGUUGGAGAGACACAAUGGGGACAUCAUAACAAUGGCGUCGGUCAAGCACCUGAGCCAUCGGCGCUUUGUCGUGUCUUUCCAACUGGGUAACGUUCAGCGGUCCGAUCAAGACCUUUACCGAUGCGUCACCCAGUCCUCCAGGGGCACAGGGGUCUCCAACUUCGCUGAACUUGUCGUUAAAGUACCUCCAUCCCCCAUCGCACCGCCUCAGCUUCUGCGUGCCGGCUCCACUUACCUGAUCAUCCAGCUCAACACCAACUCUAUCCUGGGAGAUGGCCCCAUUAUCAGGAAGGAGAUUGAGUACCGCGCUAGUCAGUCCCCAUGGUCAGAGGUGCAUGGAGUCAACAUGGUCACCUAUAAGCUGUGGCACCUGGAUCCAGACACAGAGUACCACAUCAGCGUGCUAUUAACUCGACCCGGAGAGGGAGGAACCGGCCCUCCCGGACCUCCUCUCGUGAGCAGGACCAAGUGUGCAGAGCCCAUGCGUCCACUUCGAGGCCUCGUGGCCUCAGAUGUCCAGUCCAGGCAGCUGUCCCUGCAGUGGGAGAACCUGGCAUUCAACCUGACGCGGUGCCACACCUACUCAGUGUCCCUGUGCUACCGCUACACCAUGGCGGGAGGAGGCGGGGGCCACAACACCACCGUGCGCGAGUGCCUGGCAGUGGAACACAAUGCUUCACGCUUCACGCUGCGUGACCUGCCACCCUACCAUAGCAUCCAUGUCCGUCUGUCCCUGACAAACCAAGAAGGGAAGAAAGAGGGCAGAGAGGUCACCUUUCAGACCGAGGAGGACAUUCCCGGAGGCAUAGCACCGGAGUCGCUCACCUUCACCCCUCUGGAUGACAUGAUCUUCCUGAAGUGGGAGGAGCCUGUUGAGCCCAAUGGCCUAAUUACCCAAUAUGAGAUCAGUUACCAGAGUAUUGAGUCAUCUGAUCCAGGCAUCAACGUGCCAGGACCCAGAAGAACAGUGUCCAAGCUCAAGAAUGAGACCUACCACAUGUUCUCCAACCUUCACCCAGGAACGACUUACCUGAUCUCUGUCCGAGCACGCACCGCUAAGGGCUUCGGCCAGACCGCCCUCACUGAAAUCACCACCAACAUCUCAGCUCCUACGUUUGAUUAUGGAGACAUGCCAUCCCCCCUGAGUGAGACAGAGAGCACGAUUACUGUGCUGCUGCGCCCCGCCCAAGGCAGAGGAGCACCUGUCAGCACAUACCAGGUGGUGGUUGAAGAGGAGACCGUGAAGAAAGUGAAGCGGGAGCUGGGGCUUCAGGAUUGUUUCCCAUUGCCCAUGUCACACAGCGAGGCCCAGGCCCGGGGCACGCCGCACUACUACACUGCCGAGCUGCCCCCCAGCAGUCUGCCAGAGGCCAGUCCCUUCACUGUGGGUGAUAAUCACACUUACAACGGCUACUGGAACAGCCCUCUGGACCCCCGCAAGAGCUACCUCGUCUAUUUCCAGGCUAUGAGCAACUUCAAAGGGGAGUCCAGAAUAAACUGCAUCCGCAUUGCUCGCAAAGCGGCAUGCAAGGAUCACCGCAAGGCUCUGGAGGUGUCCCAGCACUCCGAGGAGAUGGGCCUGAUUCUGGGUGUGUGCGCUGGAGGGCUGGUGGUCCUCAUACUCCUGUUGGGCGCCAUCAUCAUCAUCAUUAAAAAGGGAAGGGACUACUACUCUUAUUAUCCGAAACCAGUGAAUAUGAAUAAGACGCCCAUUACCUACCGGCAAGAAAAGAGCCAUAUGGGCUCGAUGGAGCGCAGUUUCACAGACCAGAGCACUCUUCAGGAGGAUGAAAGAAUGGCUCUUUCCUUCAUGGAUGCGCACACUUGCGGCACACGAAGUGAUGCUCGUAGUUCGGUGAACGAGGCCAGCAGCCUGCUGGGAGGCUCCCCGAGGCACCCGUGUGGUCGGAAAGGCUCCCCCUACCACACGGGACAGCUCCACCCUGCUGUUCGAGUGGCCGACCUCCUCCAGCACAUCAACCAAAUGAAGACUGCCGAGGGGUACGGCUUUAAACAGGAAUAUGAGAGCUUCUUUGAUGGCUGGGACUGCACAAAGAAGAAGGACAAAACCAAGGGGAGGCAUGACACCUUGCUGGGAUAUGACCGACACAGGGUAAAGCUCCAUCCUCUGCUGGGAGACCCCAACUCAGACUACAUUAAUGCCAACUACAUUGAUAUUCGGAUUAACAGGGAAGGCUACCAUCGAUCCAACCACUUCAUCGCCACUCAGGGGCCCAAGCAGGAGACGCUGUAUGAUUUUUGGAGGAUGGUCUGGCAGGAAAACUGUUUCAGCAUCGUCAUGAUCACUAAGCUGGUGGAAGUUGGCAGGGUGAAGUGUUGUAAAUACUGGCCUGAGGACAGCGAGAUGUACGGUGACAUCAAAAUCACUCUGCUCAAGACAGAGACGCUUGCUGAGUACACGGUUCGCACCUUCGCAUUGGAGAGGAGAGGAUACUCAACCAAGCAUGAGGUUCGUCAGUUCCACUUCACAUCUUGGCCCGAACACGGGGUACCUUAUCACGCCACCGGACUCUUAGCUUUUAUACGAAGAGUGAAGGCUUCUACACCUCCUGAUGCCGGCCCCGUGGUCGUCCACUGCAGCGCGGGGGCAGGUCGCACCGGCUGCUACAUCGUGCUGGAUGUCAUGUUGGACAUGGCUGAGUGUGAAGGUGUGGUGGAUAUCUACAACUGUGUGAAAACCCUCUGCUCUCGACGGAUCAACAUGAUCCAGACAGAGGAGCAGUAUAUCUUCAUCCACGAUGCCAUCCUGGAGGCCUGUCUCUGCGGAGAGACGGCCAUCCUGAUGAAUGAGUUUGCCGUCACCUACAAGGAGAUGCUGCGAGUGGAUUCUCAGAGUAAUUCCUCCCAGCUGCGAGAGGAGUUUCAGACGCUCAACUCUGUGACCCCCCACCUGGAUGUGGAGGAGUGCAGCAUUGCCCUGCUGCCCAGAAACCGAGAGAAAAACCGCAGCAUGGACGUCCUGCCACCUGACCGGGCCCUUGCCUUCCUGGUCACCACAGAAGGGGAGAGUAACAACUACAUCAACGCCGCUCUCGCUGACAGCUUCCACCGGCAGGCUGCCUUUAUCGUGACCCCUCACCCCUUGCCGGGCACCACGGCUGAUUUUUGGAGGCUGGUUUUCGACUACGGCUGUACGGCCGUGGUCAUGCUCAACCAGCUCAACCAGUCGAACUCUGCCUGGCCCUGUGUCCAGUACUGGCCGGAGCCGGGCCUGCAGCAGUACGGACCCAUGGAGGUGGAGUUUCUGUCCAUGUCUGCGGAUGAAGACGUCAUAACACGUCUGUUUCGGGUCAAGAACGUCACAAGGCUCCAAGAAGGCCAGCUGGUGGUGUGUCAGUUCCAGUUCCUGCGCUGGUCAGCGUAUCGCGAUGUUCCCGACUCCAAGAAGGCUUUCCUCAACCUGCUGGCUCAAGUGCACAAGUGGCAGAGGGAGUGUGGAGAAGGACGCACUGUUGUGCACUGCCUCAACGGCGGCGGUCGGAGUGGGAGCUUCUGUGCCUGCAACAUCCUCCUCGAGAUGAUCCAGUACCAGAACAUGGUGGACAUCUUCUAUGCCGUCAAAACUCUCCGAAACUGCAAACCCAACAUGGUGGAGUCCCUGGACCAGUAUCGAUUUUGCUACGACCUCGUCCAGGAGUACUUGGAAUGCUUUGACGGCAGAUAGCAACUAAACGUUUACGACAGCAGCAGCGUCCUGUGUGCUGGAGAUUCGAUUUGAGGCCACCCACUGACCUCUCCUCUUCUUUAAUGUUCGGACCUUUGGACUUGGCUUUGAAGGGACUGCAAGAGAGAAAAAAAAAAUAUAAGGUCAAGGUUCUAACUUUUAACCUUUAAUGUACAGCUGUGAUUUCCUCCUUGUUGGUGAUGUUUAUCUCUUUUGAUAUUUUUGUGUCUUACUUGGUCCUCUUUGCCUCUUGAACUAAAUGUCUUUUUUGCUCAAGGGUUCAACAAAACAAUAUAAUGAGCUACAAAAGGGCCUGUCUAUUCAAAGGCCAACGUGACUGUGCUUAAUCAUUUCAUUUGGACAGUGUGGCCCUGGAUGUGAUUCCAGAGUCACAGCGUUAACCUAAGCUUGGAAGCAUUUUCUUCUUUAUUAAAAGAGCUGCAUACAACAUCAGUCCACUGUGGUUGUGGCAUGACCUAGCUACCAUACCAUAAACUGCCUUAUCGUCUGAUGUGAGGACAUAUUUGUUCAAGUCGCCACAUGACCCAACUUACUGGUGCGCAAAAACAGCCACCGGAGAUUAAAAUGGACCUGCAGCAUCAGAACUGACCAGCCCAGUAUUCGUCAGUACUGAGGGUAGAAACUGUACAGUAGUGCAAUGUGUUGUAUUUUUGCCAUAAUGUGUGUUGCUGGACUACCACGUGUGCUGUAGGUGGGCAUUCCCAGGCACUGCAGCGGUGGUCCCGGUACCACCGCGGGAGCUUCUCCUCUCAUUACAGUCACACUGCCAAUCCCACCGACUGACUCAAAUCCUUUACUUUGAUCUGCAGCUUCAUCUUGCCUGCAAACAUACAGUGUGUGCUGCAUCAUCUCCUGUUCUCGCUCCGAUGUGAUUGUUUGUACUUGAUGCUCAGCGAGAAAGAAAAAAGCGAGAGGUUGACUGUGCUGAGAUGUCGUAGUGCUGGUUUGAAGAAUGAGGUUUCGUCAGCGCCGCUGUGACGUGUGUGAACCGUUGCAGUUUUAAAGGUUUUCUUCUGUAACUGUUUUAUGAUUUCAGUGGUCAAGAAGCCUUUGGCUAUCAUGUAAAAUAUCAAAUCCUGGUAAACCACUUUAAAUUUGAUCAUUGCAGAUGUGGGACUCAUUCUAAGAGUUUUUACAUGAAGUUAGUUGUUGUCAGUGGUGUAAUAUAAAUAAAGUAUAAAUACACACACAUAUAUAUAUAUAUAUAUAUAUAUAUAUAUAUAUAUAUAUAUAUGUAUAUAUAUAUAUAUAUAUAUAUAUAUAUAUACACACAUACAUAUAUAAUAAGAAGGGGACAUUGAAACUAUUGGUGAAAAAUUUGAAAAAUCUGUCAUAUAUUUCCACUCAGCAGUGAGUAUUUCAGAGUUUUUGCACCUUUUUUUGAGUAAAAACAGUGAAUUAUAAAGGAGGAAAAGUGAGAUCAGCUGAUCAGAGACCCUGCUGUUUACUUAUACAAGACUAAUUUACUAGGGGGGCGGAGCCUGGACACAACCAACGGAUCCUGUAGGCUGGAAUGUGUGAUACACACUAAAAUCUGAAUCAGCUUUGAAACACCCUCCUGAAAGAAGGCUACAUCAAGCUGGGAAGAAGUUUUUGAUUUACGUUACGACAGCUUUCAUCCCCCUAGAAAAUAUAGCUUUUGCUCUUCAUUAUUGCCCUUUGAGAUACGCUUCACUCCCCUUAUCCCCGAAACGUGACGAAACAGAAGCGGAUGUCCCCUGAUGAGCGGGGAGACGCACCGAAGCCCAGAGAAGCUGAAAAGUGGCCGCAACAGGCGAGCUUGGCUGUUAGUUUUCAGCUGGCGGUCAGAUUUAAGUGAGUCAGAAUAUGGGAGUUUAUGAGACGAUACACCAUCGUCGCCAGGCUCCCAAAGAUUUGUGCACAUGUAGAGCAGCUCGUAUUGGUUGGGGCAGCUGCAGCUGCAGUGCCGUGAGUGAUCUGACUCCUAGACCGCUGGAGGAAGUGCCUGGACACUUUUUUCUGAAGAAUAGAAGGAAUCUGUACAUACAGAUGUAUAUUGUUAUGUGAAUACUUUGUGAAUAAUACGCUAUAUGUUUACCCAGAGUAAAUACGUACAGUAACAGCUGCAUAACUGCAUAACUACAAAGCUGAAUGUGCUACAAAUGAGCAUUUUGUGAGUUUUUUUUUUUUUUUUUAAUAUAAUCUGAAUCUGUGAGCGUUCAUUUCAGCGCUCUUGAGUAGAACAGCCCAUCGAUGCAUCGUAUGAGUUUGCUGCCUGCUUUGCAUUUCAUUUAAUUAAUUUCAAAAUAUCUGGAUCCACUUGAUUCAUUUCAUCUACUGUGUGACUGUAUUGUACUUUUGUUGUUCCACUUUUUACGAUGACCGCAGCCUCCACCACAGGGCCGUGUAUUUCACUUGUUUCUUUCCAUAUGAACCAACGGUACAAAGCAACUGUGUUUUUGAGCAUUGUGUUUGUGGGGCCGGGGGUUGUAUUUAAUGAGAGGGAAGGUGAGGACAGAUGUACAUCGGGUUAUCUUG